AUGUUGUUGUGCUUGAGGAUGAUUAAGGAACUGAGUAUUACUCCUGUCACUUGGAGUUCUUCCUCCAUUUAUGGUCAUGUUGCCUGGCUACAUGGGUUGCUUGAGACUAUCGUUAGUGAGCGUGAUGUCAUUUUCACUAGUUCUUUUUGGUCAGAAUUAUUUCGUCUAAGUGGCACCAAGUUGUGCUAUAGUUCAGCUUAUCAUCCACAGUCAGACGGCAAACUGAAGUUUUCUACUGAAGUUGCAUCGUCAUCGUCUUCUCUCCUUGGUUGCUCAAAAGCAUACAAACUAGAACUUCCUUCCACUACUAAAAUGCAUCCAUUUUUUCAUGUGUCUUGUUUGAAGAAAUUUAUUGGCAAUCCGAAUCAAGAACAGUCCCCUUUACCUACAUUUACUUCACAUUCUACUCGACCCUUUCCACAAGCUAUUCUAGACUCUAGGUCUAAGGGGACAACUAAACAAGUUCUGGUUCAUUGGGAUGGUCUUUCUCCAGCUGAAUCUUCAUGGGAAGAUGUGGAAUCUUUGCUGCAACAAUUUCCUUCACUAGCACUUGAGGACAAGUGCAUUUUUUAG